CGGGCGUUGGGUGUUGCUAUGGCGCUGGGCCCUGGGCGCCUCAGCCCGCCUCCCUGCUGCCUGCUGUGCUGCCCUUCCUGCUGCUGAGCUGUUAGCUGUAACGUAAAGCCCUUUGUGGAGUGGUGGUGUGCUGGCACAGCUGUGUGGGGAAAUAAGCACUUGGCAUCCCCGGGGGUGUGCAGUGUGGAGGUGUGGCUCUGAGGGAUGUGGGCUGGAUGAUCUUAGAGGGCUUGUCCAGGCUUAAUGGUACUCUGGUUCUGCUCUGCAGUUGUGCAUUUAUCUGAUACAAUCCUGGGAGAAACUCAUGAAGAGGAAGAUGAGAUCCUUCCACGCAAAGACUAUGAGAGCUUGGAUUACGAUCGCUGUAUCAAUGACCCAUACUUGGAAGUUUUGGAGAGCAUGGACAACAAGAAAGCCCGGAACUAUGAAGCAGUGAAAUGGGUGAUGGUUUUUGCCAUUGGAGUCUGCACGGGACUGGUGGGCCUCUUUGUGGAUUUCUUUGUACGGCUCUUUACCCAGCUCAAGUUCCGGGUCGUACAAAGCUCGGUGGAAGAAUGCACUGAGAAAGGCUGUCUUGCCUUGUCUUUACUGGAGCUGCUGGGGUUCAACUUGACCUUUGUUUUUCUUGCAAGUCUUCUAGUCCUGAUCCAGCCUGUGGCAGCUGGAUCAGGAAUUCCUGAAAUUAAGUGCUACCUCAAUGGGGUAAAAGUUCCAGGGGUUGUGCGGCUCCGGACGGUGGUGUGCAAAGCUGUGGGAGUGCUCUUCAGUGUAGCAGGAGGUCUUUUUGUUGGGAAGGAAGGUCCAAUGAUCCACAGCGGUGCUGUUGUGGGUGCAGGUUUGCCACAGUUCCAGAGCAUCUCACUGAGGAAGAUCCAGUUUAACUUCCCAUAUUUCCGCAGUGACAGGGAUAAAAGGGACUUUGUAUCUGCUGGAGCAGCUGCAGGGGUUGCAGCUGCCUUUGGAGCCCCAAUAGGGGGUACUCUUUUCAGCCUGGAAGAAGGUUCCUCCUUCUGGAACCAAGGGCUUACAUGGAAAGUGCUUUUCUGUUCCAUGGCUGCCACCUUCACCCUGAAUUUCUUCCGCUCUGGGAUUCAGUUUGGGAGUUGGGGGUCUUUUCAGCUCCCUGGUCUGCUGAACUUUGGAGAGUUUAAGUGUUCUGAGUCUGAUAAGAAGUGCCACCUCUGGACAGCUGUGGACUUGGGCUUCUUCAUUCUGAUGGGGAUUGUAGGAGGUCUUCUUGGAGCCACUUUCAACUGUCUAAACAAGAGGCUUGCAAAGUACCGCAUGCGAAAUGUGCAUCCCAAACCAAAGCUUGUCAGAGUCUUGGAGAGCCUGCUGGUGUCACUGACUACAACCGUCGUCGUCUUUGUGGCCUCCAUGGUUCUAGGGGAAUGCCGGCAGAUGUCUUCCACCAGUCACACUGGCAAUGACACUUUGAGUAUGCAGGGUAUGUCAGAAGAUGUGAAUUCAAGCAUCAAAACAUUUUUCUGCCCAAAUGAAACCUAUAAUGACAUGGCCACCCUCUUCUUCAACCCUCAGGAGUCAGCUAUCCUCCAGCUCUUCCAUCAAGAUGGUACUUUCAGCCCAGUCACACUCUCCUUGUUCUUCCUUCUCUAUUUCUUACUCUCCUGCUGGACAUACGGGAUCUCUGUGCCCAGUGGUCUUUUUGUGCCAUCACUGCUUUGUGGGGCUGCCUUCGGACGCCUGGUCGCCAACCUCCUCAAAAGCUAUAUCGGCUUGGAUCACAUCUACUCAGGAACCUUCGCACUGAUUGGGGCAGCAGCAUUUCUGGGAGGGGUGGUCCGGAUGACAAUUAGCCUGACUGUAAUCUUAAUUGAAUCCACCAAUGAAAUCACCUAUGGGCUCCCAAUAAUGAUCACCCUCAUGGUAGCCAAAUGGACAGGAGACUUUUUCAACAAAGGAAUCUAUGACAUCCAUGUGAACUUGAGAGGAGUGCCUCUUCUAGAGUGGGAAACAGAGGUGGAAAUGGAUAAACUACGAGCCAGCGACAUCAUGGAACCCAACCUGACCUAUGUUUACCCCCACACCCGGAUCCAAUCCCUCGUUAGCAUCUUGCGCACAACUGUUCAUCAUGCCUUCCCUGUUGUGACUGAGAACCGGGGCAACGAGAGGGAGUUCAUGAAGGGAAAUCAGCUGAUCAGCAACAACAUCAAAUUCAAGAAAUCCAGCAUUCUCACCCGAGCUGGAGAGCAGCGCAAACGGAGUCAGUCCAUGAAAUCCUAUCCUUCGAGCGAGCUGCGCAACAUGUGUGAUGAGCACAUAACAACAGAGGAGCCACCAGAAAAGGAGGAUUUGCUACAACAAAUGCUAGAGAGAAGAUACACUCCUUACCCCAAUCUGUAUCCUGACCAGUCACCCAGUGAAGAGUGGACCAUGGAGGAACGUUUCAGACCUUUGACCUUCCAUGGCUUGAUCUUGCGCUCCCAGCUGGUCACCCUCCUUGUCAGGGGUGUUUGUUACUCCGAGAGCCAGUCAAGUGCAAGUCAGCCUCGUCUGUCUCAUGCAGAAAUGUCAGAGGAUUAUCCCCGCUAUCCAGAUAUCCAUGACCUGGACCUCACAUUGCUGAACCCGCGCAUGAUAGUGGAUGUCACCCCAUACAUGAACCCGUCACCCUUUGCUGUUUCUCCAAACACUCAUGUAUCUCAAGUCUUUAACUUGUUUAGGACAAUGGGGCUCAGACAUUUACCAGUUGUGAACGCAGUUGGAGAGAUUGUUGGGAUAAUCACUCGGCACAACCUGACCCACGAAUUCCUGCAGGCAAGGCUGAGACAACACUAUCAGACCAUUUGAUGCCCCUGCCCAUCCUGCCCCACUGCUGGUGUGGCUGCCUCCCUCUUCCAAGCCUGCACACGUGCUUGCAUUCUGCUUGGACCCCACAAGGCCCAAGACUGGCCAUUUGGCUUCUCACAUGCAUAUCAAGCCUGGGGAGCUGGAAAACAUCUUGCUAGCCAGAGAAUUAGAGGAACUGCUUGAGCCCAGAGCUACUGACUAGUCUCAGGCACUUGGUUUGACCACUCUUCAUCCAGGUUUUUUGUUUUCCUGUGCCCUUGCCUUUCAUCAGAUGUUGUCCCAGCAGUAUACGUUCUGCUGUUUUGGUUUGGUUUAUUUUUGAGGCUUGGAUGAAAGAACCAUCUAGCACCACUGUACCCUGUGCAGAGAACUGCAGCAUCUUUUCCGUGUCCUCCUGUGCAUCUCCCUUCUCCUUUUCCUCUCUUGUUCCUGCAUCUUUUGCCUUACUUGUGUAAGAGGGGAAUAGCUGUUAAGGCUGAGAGAAGAUAAUGAAGUUAUCAAAUUGCUGCUUUGGAAGAUGGCUUUUUUUUAAAAGCAGCAUAAAAAGCCAACUCUCUGGAAAUGCACAUCACUUUGUGGGUGCUCUCAAUUUGCCAUAUUUUUCCACCCUUGCCUCCUAUUUUUUUUUUCCCCCCUAAUUUUUCUAGUCUUUCCAUGGGAGAGUGUCCUUUCUUUAACAUUCUUUGACAACAGCUGACUUUUGAGAGCAUUUUGGAAAAUCAGGAGUUCAAAACAGUUUAAUUCUAGUUACUGUCUGGACUAUAAAUAUUUAAUACACUUACAGAGCAUCUCAGAGAAGGGAGAGUUCUUUUUCCCUCUUAGCUGUUUCCCUCUUAGCUGUCAUUAUCUCCCUGCAAGAGAUGCUCCUAAGGUACGUUGUGGCACUCAACUUUGUCACCACCUGAUACUCCUGUAUUUAUAGGUACUGUGUUCUUGUAGUGACCCAGCAGGGAGAGCCAGGGCCUCCUUUCCAACUACAGCUAUAGACCAGCUACAACUGUAGUGAGAGGAGCUGGUGCAACUUGAGGCUGCCGUGCUGGAGGGAUACUUGGUGCUGGUGACUGGCAGUAGGACUGCAGGUUGGUAAAUGAGGCUGUCUGGCUCUGAAAAUGAUUGGAAUGACAUUUGCAACUGCACCAGCCAAAUGUCUGUAAGGGUAAAAACAGCAUUUAAAAGCCAGUUGCAGCCAGUUCACUGCUUUAGCAGGUACCAUCCUGGCCAGCACCUGUAUUGUUCCAGCAGGCACCUGCCUUUGUGAGUUUUGCAUGCAGAUAACUGUGGGUGGGAAGCCAACAUUGUGCCUCCAGGGGCUGCAGAGUUGAUUAUCUUGAUAAAGCACAGAGCAUUCUCAGCCAAGAGACUGGGCUGAGUAACACAGGGAAUGUGUCCCAGGAAAGCUUCUGCACAGUCUCUGAGCACUCCUUUUAACCUGUUGUCUGCCAUAAGGACCUAGUGAGGUGAGAGAUGCAGCAGAAAGAAAUUGGCCAUUAUUUUAUGUUCUGAAAUAAGGAAUUCAUGUAUGUCGAAGCUUUUCCUGACCAUUACCUGAGCCUGAAGAAAUGGUGCCCUUUCCUUACAUGUCUAAACACUACAUCUGUUAGAGCAGCCUCUUGACUUUGUGGAAGCUAAUUGUUGCAGGGCAGUGCUCUGCAAGCUGCUGCAGCUAGGGCCAGGAGGUUUGGUGUUCAGGGCACCAGCUGUAGUCUUCAUAUAUGGCUCUUCAAGUCACAGGAGCUCCUUAGAUGAUGGUGUUGUCUCUGCAGUCUGGAUAACUGAGGCACAGAUACAUUCUCUGGUUGUGCUUGCAAGAAAGGUGGUCAAGUCAUGGGAUGCACUUGAUUUUUGUCCUGCAGAUGAGAGAUGGGUCUUGAAACAAAAUGUUGAGGUAGAAUUGGCCCUUGUCAUACAGAGCAUAGCACAGCUCUACUGGAAAGAUUUUUAUCAAAGCUGUUCAUAAGCACUUAGAUUUUUUUUUUUAACUUUUAUUUUUUAGUUCCCAGGACCAUUUGUUAGCCAUGGCUGCUUUCCAGGGUUGAUUAAAAAGGCACCUACAUUAAAGAGCAGAAACUGAUUCAUUCUUUUCUCUUUCUUAACUGUGGAGCUUGUAGCAACAGCUCUUGUCUCCUCCACUGAAAACAGUUCUGCUGGCUUCUGAAUACCUUGGCUACAUUUCAGGUAAGGCAAGCAAGCUUUUAAACUUCCUAGGUUGAAGAAGGGUGUUUUCCUGCAGCCAGUACCCAUCUUGUGCCUUCAAUCUCAACUCCUUAGCUGGGACAGAUGUAGCAUUGUUCUUAGAGCAUACAAGCUGGUAUUGGCUUCUGCUGUUGACUUCCAGGUUGUUUCCCUGUGUGUAGAGUAAGGUUGUUUUCUCUGGAUGAACUGCAGUUGGUUUUUAAAAUUUGGUUUUUCCCUGAAAACUGGUCUUGCACUAAGCUACCCUGAGAAACUUCCAGCACACCUUUGCACUCCCUGAAGCUGAAUUAUUUGAAAUAUGCUUCUGUUAACCUUCCUUUCAUUCAAAGGAUUUGUGCUCAAGCUGUUACAAUCCCAUACUGUCAGAGAAGCUCUCAAGGAGUGCUCUAUGUGUCUCCAUAGCAAAUCUUUUUCUUCUUGCUCAUGUUGAGUGAUUGUGCGGAAGGUUUUCUUUCAUUCCCUGCACCUGAACCUGAAGUCCUUAAAUUGCCAUGAGCUGGUUCCCUCCUGCCUUAUUUCUCUACACAAGCUGCAGCAGAUGAUGUAGCUGCAGGAUUUCCUCCCCUCGAGGCCCGGAGUUUGGUAAUUUAGGCAAGACAGACUGAAAAAUCUUGCCAAAGUUUGUUUGAACACCAGCUCUGCAUCCUCAUGAGAAAGUCUUCAGUCAGCUGUCAGCACUGUCUGCCCUGCCUACACAUCUGUCUGAUUCAAACCUUCCUGCUGCAAAGCACACCCGUUUCACCCAGACAGUACAGAAAUCCUAACUAGUGAUAGCAGGUGACCCUCCCAGCUUUUUUUGAGGGGAAAUCUGAGUGUGCAGUCCCUGGUUACGUGACUUGCAGAAGGGGAAUUGCAAGUUAUGUGAUGUUUGGAGAUGCAGCAUUUCACCUCUGCCUAAAUAAAUAACUCAUGUUCUCACACUUUGCCACUCACUGCAUUCCUUUCUAACGACACCCUCACUGCUUUUCUUCUGGUUAAUUAGUGGUUUACCAAGGCAUUUGCUUUUAGCAUAGGUGCCUAUAACCUGUUACUCGAGACAACACUAAAGUAAUAGGAACCAAGAACUGGAUUAGUAUUUAUGGUAGAAGUUUGGGGUAAUGUGGGGCACCUGCCUCAUGGUUUCCUGUGCAGUGUUAAUUAACUGUGAGCCAUUCCAGUGGUAGCAACUUACCUUUCCAUUUGUUUCUUUUUGCACUGUUUUUGUUAUGAAAUGAUGUAAGCUAAUUCAAGGUGUAUAUAAAUUGUAUUAUUAUUUUUUAAAUUUGUAUGAACUCAUUUUUAUUUGAACGAUGGCACUUGGGAAGUAUUUGUGUAACCAUAUGUCAUGAACCCGUGACUCCAUGUCUAAGAGUAAAA